AUGGAUUCUACAGAGCCUAAAAACUUUUUGGGGGUCUUCGUCGAGAGGCUCCUCCAGAUCCAGCCCCUACUCCGGGCCGUCCAUGACUCUGUCAUCAGGCAUAGCCCAGAGCGGAUACACUUCGGUGUGACGGCAGACCUUGCCGGAGAAGUCUCAACCUUGAUCAGGUCAGCCCAACGGGCGGCCGAAGGCGUGAUCGGAGUCGAGAAGACUGCUCCCCGUCGAGAGAUGAGAGAAUAUCUGAACGGCGAGGAGAGCGUGCUCAGGCGAGAGUUCCAGUCUGAAAAGGCUGUUCUCAACGCCGAGAUCAAGGCGCUGCGUUCCAGGCACGCCGAGCGGGCUGCCCAAGAACGGGCAUAG